AUGCCAUCGAUCGUCACCAACCCGACCGUGUCUGCCUCGAACAGCAUACUCUCCAAGCGACGUCGCUUCCAGACACCAAUCACAAGUUUCUUCCCUUCGGUUCCAUCAGAAUCUCAAUCAGUUGAUGGAUACGCCGUUUCACACAACCACUAUUCCGCCUCGACCUCCUCUGCAACUCCGGUAGUCCCAGCCAAGGUGCAGGCCUCACUACUGUCGGUCGGAAUGCGGGUCCGCAAAUCUGUUGCAGAUGGAUAUAAGACUCAAUUGUCACUGGAAGCCGAGAAAGCCAAAGUUGCAGUCGUUGCAACGCAAUCCCGUCUCGCUCAACCUUAUUAUGGGAACACUCGUCGUGCGGAACUGACGCCCUUUUCUGGCCUCUCCAAAUCCAUCGACGAACCACACUCAAUGGUCACCGAUGAUGGUGACGCAUUUUCCCUCCCUCCUAGCAGCCAGGAGUCCAUUACAUCAACAGGCUCAUAUACCUAUGGAUUGAAUGGUCAGAAACGAUCGUUCGACUUUGAGGAUGACGUAUAUGCCGACGAGGAUGAGACUGGGCAGGAUUCUCCUCGAGGACGCAUUAUUUUAUCUCCAAGACGCCGUUUGUUCGCUCAGCACACUAGCAACCAGCCAAAGAUGGACCUGGAUGACUUUGAAGAAGCGUCCUUCCUCCGUCAACGGGAGGAAGUUGAUUCGGAUUACAUGCGCAUGGAUUGUGCAUAG